CUCACAUCCAUUGUUUUACGGCGAACAAACCAAAGUAAUUAAUUAUUAUUGUCUUUAACAAAUUCUUGAUUAAAAUUUAUGUAGCACAUUAUGUUACAAAUGAAUAUAUUCUCUUCAGGAGUUAAACGAUUCUGAGUAGUGAAAUUUAUUCCUUAUUAAUACAAAUAUAGUAUAUAGUAUUUUAUUUAUUUAUAGAGGGGGGAGGGGUUUAAACAGUCACAUUUCCUAAGAUAAAUAAAAAUUUAGGCUCAACUUUAACUCCGUCCCUUAAAGUAAAAUUUACCUUUUAUUUCUAACACAAAAUAGUAGCAUGCAAUAUACAAAAUGUAUUGCAUUAUUUGGUAUUAUAUACCAUCGCUAUCGAUAGCUAUCGAAGGUCGAUGUGUUCAUCUGUCGGAAGCUAUCGAUAGUGCCGACUAUCGAUAUUUCACCAUACUAGCAGACAUAGACACUCAAGACAGUAGUUAUUACAUCGUGCAUUAUUAAGGAUGUAUAUAAUAGUAUAGGCUAUGAAAUGUCUUUAAAACAUAUACAUCAAUUUAAAGAUAUUCUCAGAAAUUAAAUAAGUAGGACAUAAUAGGUAUCAUAUAUAUCUGAAAAGGUUCAAUUAUACAAUUCUCAAUUUGUAUUAUCUAUGUACAGAUUCAAUAUAUAGGAAUGCAAGAAAUAGAGACUUCCAGUGAUGUAUCUGUUGAACUAGAGUUCUCACCUGACAUAAAACCAUACUGUGAAGUAAAAAUUACAUCUUCUGACAGAUUAUUAUGCUUCACGUCAAGUGAAACCAAUCAUGAUGCCUCAAGUUCUAAGUCUUAUUCAAUUUUUUCCAAUGAAAGUGACAGCAAUAAAGGCGAUAUUAAUGAUAAUAUCAAUUCACAAGAUCAAGUAUGGAUAAAUCCAGUUGGAAAUCAACCUGAUAUCAAGCCCUUUGUGGGUAUACCUGGAUUAAAAUCAUUUAAAUGCAAUCCAAACAAAGAAGAAUAUUUUUACUUAUUGCUAGUUACUGAAGCAAUAUUUCAAGAAAUAGCACACCAAACUAAUUUAUAUGCAGCACAAGUAUUAUCACAGAAACGAUCAAGUCGUUUGAACCAAUGGAUUCCCACUACCAAAAAUGAAAUAAAGAGACUGUUUGGUCUUCUCAUCUGGAUGGAUUUAGUAAAACUACCUCAAUUACACUUAUACUGGUCCAAGGAUUCUAUAUUUACACAAAGUUUCCCACAAUCUAUAAUGUCACAAAGUCGCUUUGAAUUACUUUUACAAAUGUUGCAUUUUACAAAUAAUGAAAAUGCAAAUUUAUUAAAUGAUCGACUUUAUAAAAUCAGUCCAAUUAUUGAUACAUUAAAUAGAAAUUUCACGAAAUACUAUGAUCCACCUGAAACUCUUUAUAUCGAUGAAUUUGUAAUACCAUUUCAUAGUCGUAUUAAACAAUUGAUAAAACAAAAAAAAUAUAAAUAUGGUAUCAAGAUACUUAAAUUAUGUUUUAAUCCAGGAUACACUUAUAACUUUCAAAUAUAUUGCAGCAAAAAGUCAGACCAAGAAACAGCGAACCCUACAAAUGCUGUUAUUUCACUUUGUCAAAAUAUAUUUUAUAAGGGACAUACUGUAUGUACUAAUCGUUGGUACACCAGUAUAGACUUGGCUCAAGAAUUAAUUACUAAAACUACACAUUUAGUAGGAAUGGUCCAACGAAAUUGUCGUGGAAUUUCUAAAGAAGUUGUCACAAAGAAAUUAAAAAGAGGAGAAAUAUUUGCAAAGGAAAACAGCAUUGGUAUAACGUUGAUAAAAUGGAGAGAUAAACGUGAUGUUUUGUUAUUGUCUACUAAACAUUCUGUAGAAACAGUUACUCUUAAAAGAAGAAGAUCUACUUAUAUUAAACCUAAAAUUUUGUUUGAUUAUAAUGAAGGCAAGCCUCCAAGUGAUAUUUCUGACCAAAUGACAAUAUGUUGUAUUUCAUCACACAAGAAUGUAAAAUGGUAUAAAAAAUUAGCAUUUGAACUUUUAUUAAAUACAGCUGUUAUAAAUGCUUGGGUAAUGCAUAACAGUGUAAAAAAUAAUCCUGUUUCAUUAAUAGAGUUCAAAAAACGAUUAGUCAUUUAUCUAUCACAUUGUCAGGAUGAGAGGUUUCAAAAUUUAUCUCGUGAAAUUGUAACCAUUAAGAAACGUCAUGAAAUUAAAAAGAGAGAGGGUAAAUUGGUAUCAGUAAGAAAACGUUGCAUUUCUUGCUAUAAAGAAAACGUUAAAACCUUUGGUACCGAACUAGCACGAAAUAAGACAAAACGAGUAGCGACAUUUUGUGCUGAUUGCCCUAAUGAGCCUCAUUUAUGUUUGACAUGUUUUAAUAAAGAACAUCGUAACAUACCAUUUUAACCAUAAACUACAUGUAUCAAAAUAUUGGAUUUGCUCUAUAAUGUUCCACUUGUUUUAUAAAUACAUCAUUUUUCAUCAAUCCUAUUGUAAGAUACGUUUUCUACAUAUAUUUUAUGUAUAUAUGUAUAAGAAAACCUUAGUACAAAAUCGCGUGAAAACUAUGCGACAUGGAGCACAUUAUUUAUUAAUUUUAUAUUUAUUUUUUAUUUGCAUUAUAAUUUUAGAGAUAACAUUUAAUUUUUAGUUUCGAAUUUGUUUUUUUAUUAUAUUUUGUUAUGUAAAAAAUUUGUUAUCUAACAAUUAUGUACAAAAUAGUUGAAUUAAGUUUCAUUAGUAAUUGUCAUAUUUUCUUUUAAUAAUAAUUAUAAAAAUUGUGACAUGAAUAAUCUUUUUAUCUUCUUUUCUCAAUAAGGUAUAAAAAUGAAUUAAAUUUAUUCGAUUACAAAAUUUUUAGAUUUACAAAGAUAAUUAUUUGAUUACAAAUUCCAAAAUUCAUAAUUAUGGCUUAUUCAAAAAUUUUGAGCGUAAUAUAACAAAUUAUUAAAGUCGUUCUUAAUUUUCAAAAAUUGAGUUCUAUUGGAUUCGUAAGUAGGUUCAAACUAUAAUAAAAUAUAAUCACUUCAUUACAUUCUCAAUAUUGUUCAGCAUUAAUUUUUAAGGUAUUUAAAUUUUGCAGGUAGUUCAAUAUUAAAUUUUGUUAACACAUCACAAUUUUUAUGAUACCAAUAUGCAACUAUAUUAUCUUCUUAUGAGAAAAAACUUGGUGAUUUUAUGUAUAAUGAAUUAUACCUUACGUUAUACAUUAACUAUUUUUGUGAAAAUAAUUUUAUACUGUUUAUGUAAAGGCAACGUUACGAGGCCCCGAAUCUUAAAAUUCGGACGAUAUAGAGCUUACAAUAAUUUUUUAAUUAAGUUUUAUACAUGUGUUUUCCUACUUCAUAUUUUAACUUGUUAAUUUGUUCACUGCCUCUCAUAUUAAAAAUGUAUGACCGAAAUAGUAACAUGGCAGUGAAAAUUGUUAAUUCAAUAUUUAUAACACGUUAUUAAACUUUUAAGUUCACAUGGACGGCAAUCGCUUUCCUAUAUGGUACUUGUGUAUAACCAUGACAAAGUUGCUUGUAUAAAUCUAUAAAUAAUAAAGAGUUCCAACAAA